GCCCUCCCCCUACCUCAGGCCUUUACACAUACACACACACACACACACACACACACAUACACACACACACUCACACACACACACACACACACACAGCAGCUGGUGACAGACUCAGGGUUCCCGUCACUAUCACCAUCUUCUGCCCCAUACCCUGGGCAACUGAGUCACACUGGGCAGGUCCUUACGUAGGGCCAGGUUUCCUGUGGGAGUCCCUGGUCCUUCACCCCUUCUCUGAUGGGUCACUAACUCGGAUCCAAAGAACAGAGUAUGUCCAAGCUGCUCCUCCUGUCACUUGCUCUCUGGGCCAGCUGCUCCCCUGGUAACACUGGGACAGCGCUAGUGGAUCUGAGCCAGCCCAGAGUGCGAUGCCAUGCUUCUCGGUACCCUGUGGCUGUGGACUGCUCCUGGAUGCCACUCCAGGCUCCCAACUCCACCAGAGCCAUGUCCUUCAUUGCCACUUACAGGCUCGGUGUGGCCGCCCAGCAGCAGAGCCAGCCCUGCCUGCAACGGACCCCCCAGGCAUCCCGUUGCACCAUCCCCCACGUGCACCUGUUUUCCACAGUGCCCUACUUGCUAAAUGUCACUGUAGUGCACCCUGGCGGCGCCAACAGCAGCCUUCUAGCCUUUGUGGCGGAACGAAUCAUCAAGCCCGACCCUCCGGAAGGCGUGCGCCUGCGCAAAGCGGGACAGCGCCUGCAGGUUCUCUGGCAUCCCCCUGCUUCCUGGCCCUUCCCGGACAUCUUCUCUCUCAAGUACCGACUUCGCUACCGGCGCCGAGGAGCCUCUCACUUCCGCCAGGUGGGACCUAUUGAAGCCACGACUUUCACCCUCAGGAACACACAACCCCAUGCCAAGUAUUGCAUCCAGGUGUCAGCCCAGGACCUCACCGAUUAUGGGAAACCAAGUGACUGGAGCCUCCCUGGGCAAGUAGAGAGGGCGCCCCAGAAGCCCUGAAGAGGGACUGCAUCCUUGAUAUCAGACCGUGAUGUUGACUACUUGAGGGUGGCUGAGUGGCCUGUCCUGAGUUCGAAUUCUGACUUCGCAUGUACUGUGCUGCUCCGAAGCAUUGGAUAAUUCACUUGACCUCUCCAGACCUUAAUUUCCAAAACUGUAGGGAUCUUCUUUCUCCUUCCAUCAGUGCGGGACUUUGUGAACUUUAAAUGUGAUUUAUUUCGAAAACCUAAUUAAAUAAGAAUAAUUCUCA